AUGCGACCAGAAGCCAUAAAGAAGGGCGAAAUAGAUAGUGCCACUACUUCAAAGAGUGAAAGUACAACCCCGAGGCAUCUCUUGCCGUUAGUGUCACUCUCUCUCUUCGCUACAGGCUUCUUCUUGGGCCCCCUUAUUGAUGGAAUACAUUCCAGAGUCCAUCUAGUGGUGUACCAAAAUGGUGCACUUGAUGUUGCUUCUCUUCACACAAAUAUAUGGGUUCCCCCUUUGCUUGGCUUAUUUUACUGCUCUGUGGGUCUGUUGCACUUGCUGCUUGAGCACAACUUCUCUUCUCAACAGCCUCCGGAGGGUAGCCUAGAGAUCACAACUGUCGGUUCACUUGUAUCAUUGGUGUUAUUUACUGAAUUGAGCGCUGAAAUGUACAAAGUUGGAGUGCCAGACAACGUUGAAGCCUAUGUCUUGUUUGCAGGAGCAGAACUCAUAUGGUUUUUGCUCGAUAGAACAAGACUGGGGUUUGCAUUAGCCUGUGUUGUAGGUCUUGCCUGCCCAUUUGCUGAGAUCCCUGCAAUGGAAUGGUUUAAUUUGUGGUAUUAUCCUCAAGCAAACAUCCAGAUCUUUGGACAGGGGUUAGUCACUUGGACAAUCACUUGCUAUUUUGUCUACACUCCUUUCUUGAUCAACCUCUCCCGUUUGCUGAAAUCAAUCAUUGCUGCUGCAAUUGCUCAAGCCAAAUCUGUUUAGAUUCCACCAUUGGCCCACCCACAUCCACUUCAACAGGAAAUUGAGAUGUUCUGAGUACUGACGAUUGAUUCUGUAGAGCAAUUACUUGAUAAUAGUUGCAACCAGCUACUGAUAAAUGUAAAGAGAUACAAUUUUAGAGAUGAAUGGAUAGACAGACAGACGAAUAGGGAGAGAUAUUGUAUUAUGUUUAUCACUUAUUAUAGAUCGGGUGAUUGUGCUGGACCAAA